GCUUCCUCCCGGAAUAUAAUCCCGUAAAUGAUAAUAGGAGCGUCAUUUGAUUCUCUUACAACAUAAUCUUGUAAUCUCUUCUUCUUCUUCUUCUUCUCUCUGGGCAUACUCCCCCACCCAUAGUUAUCAAAUGGUCUCCUUUUCUACUUCUUACUGCCUCCUCUCUCUUCUCUCUCCCUCUCCCUCCUCUCUCUCCUCCUCCUCCAUCUCCGCGAGGUCCCGAGCUCCGCCCAUGGCGACCUCUUCGUCCGCGGCGGCGCCUCCUCGUUUGGUCGUGGCAUGCUCCUCCCCUCCCCGCGCUGGCUCUUUUCCGGAGCCCCCCAAUUUAGGACCUCAAAGAGCAACUUUCUCUCAUUUUGGACUUUCGGCCAAUGAAGAUGCCAGGCUCAGGUCUUCAUAUAAAUGGCAGAGGGUUUUGCUGAAAGUCAGCGGUGAAGCGCUUGCUGGAGAUCACACGCAAAAUAUUGAUCCAACAAUUACAAUGUCGAUUGCCAGAGAAGUUGCUUCCGUCACUAGACUUGGUAUAGAGGUUGCUGUUGUAGUCGGUGGUGGUAAUAUCUUCCGUGGAGCCUCUUGGGCUGGCUGUAGUGGUCUUGACCGUUCCUCAGCAGAUUACAUUGGUAUGCUAGCAACUGUGAUGAAUGCGAUAUUCCUGCAAGCAACAAUGGAGAGCAUUGGGAUUCCCACACGCGUCCAAACCGCGUUUCGCAUGUCAGAAGUCGCGGAGCCAUACAUAAGACGAAGGGCAAUAAGGCAUUUAGAGAAGGGUAGAGUUGUUAUAUUUGCUGCCGGAACAGGCAAUCCCUUCUUCACCACAGAUACUGCUGCUGCUCUCCGUUGCGCAGAGAUUGGCGCAGAGGUCGUGCUUAAAGCAACAAAUGUAGAUGGUGUAUUCGAUGAAGAUCCCAAGCAUAACCCAAAUGCUCGCCUUCUCGAAACCCUAAGCUAUCAGGAGGUGACCACCAGAGAUCUCUCUGUAAUGGACAUGACUGCUAUUACCCUCUGCCAAGAGAAUAACAUUCCUGUUGUUGUGUUCAACUUGAAUAAACCUGGAAAUAUUGCGAAAGCUAUCGUGGGCGAGAAGGUCGGCACAUUGAUCGGGGGCACCACAAGAAAUCUGCAGCUGCAGUAUGAAGGGAGUUUUUAAGAUCUUCAAAUGAGAGCCCCGUAAAUUCGAAAUUCAAGGUUUGUCAAAUUUUACAUAUUUUUUUUCCUGGUCUACAAGAUCAGAAUUUUAUUUGUUGUAUAUUUAUGUUGUAGAGGAUGACCUUGAUUGAUCAUAAGAGCUUCAAAGUCCUAAAGAAAAGAUUUUGCAGUAACCUUUUCAGAUUACAUUUUUAUCA